AUGAAGGAAAAAAUUCAAAUAUAUAUUAUUGGUCCAAAUAAGAAUGAAUAUUAUUGGAUAUUUAACCGCCCCAUAGAGUCCAUCGAUUCAAAUGAAACGAUUUUCAGAAUAUCAAACUAUUUCAAAAAGAAAAAAGAAGAUAUCUUAAAGGAAUUACAAGACUCACCAGAUAACCAAAUUGAAUCAUUAAAAAUAAUAAUAAAAAAAGAAAUUUUAACAUUAAUAAAUAAUAAUAAAAAUAACAAUAAAAAUAAUGACAAUGAUAAUGAUAAUAGUAAUCCAGAACAACAAGAAGAUAUUGAUCCUAAAGAAUUACUGGUAGAAUGUGAUUGUGAAUUAUGUACAGUAGGAAUUAUUAAUGAAUUGGUACAAAGGAAAAGACAAACAACAAGUUGGUUAGAUAGAAUUAAACUAGUUUUGGAAAUUAUGGAUAAAAACCCAAUUUAUAAACAAUUUCAUAGUCAACAAGGUUUUAUCAAUACAGCAUCAAUUUUUCUUUUUAUAUACUCGCACAAAGAAACUUUAAUGAUCGAUAGUUCCAUUAGUGAUAGUGAUUUGAAAAGAUUCAUCUCUGAUACGCUCUCUUGCCAUCCAAAGUAUUUCAUUUCGGGCCAAUCUACUUUUAAUCAAAAAGGCUGGUGGAAAUAUAAUAAUUUAGGUGAUGAAGAAAAUAGUAUUGAAGAUAAUGAUAAUAAUAUAGAUAAUAAUAAUAAAAAAUAUAAUAAUAUAGAGAAUAAUAAUAAUAAUAAAAUCAAUGAUGAUACUAAUAAAGAAAAUGAAAUAGAUAAAAAACAGGAUGAAAAAGAAGAAAAAGAAAAAGAAAUAGAAAAAAAAAAUAAUAAUUAUAUAAAUGAUAAAAUAGAAAGCAAUAAUAUAAAAGAAAUAAAACAAAUAAAAGAAGAAAUUAACCUCCCAGAUAUUUCAACAUUAAAAAAACAUCUUGAAGAAUCGAAUGUAGAUCAACAAGAACAAAAACAAUCACUACAAUUACAAUCACCAUUGCCUCCACUCCAAUUACCCUCAAUUUUAUUACCACCACAAGAAAAAGAACAAGAGAUGGAGCAACAACAGCAACAAUUACCAUUAAUUAGACAAAAAUCACCAGAUUUUUUAACUUCAUCAGGUGAUGAAGAGGAACCACCAAAAGCAAUACCAAAUAUAUGGAGCACCGAUUUAUCAUCAGUAUUUCAACAGUUAUCAUUACUUCAAAGUUGGUUACCAAAUUUAGAAAGAAUGACAGCUCAAGAAAAGGAAUCAACUUGGAAAACAUGUUGUUAUUUUGAAAAUUUUAAUAAUUUUGACAAAUACUCUUUUUCGAAUACUUUACUUUGUUGGUCUAAAAAUCCGGUUCCAAACUUAUUUCAUAUUACUGUACUAUUCUCAGCAGUUGGUUUUUUAAAAGAAAUGGGAGCAAUUACAUCAAUUGAACUUUAUUACCCAGAAUCCACUAUUAAAAUAUUUAAAAGAAUUACCAAUAACAAUACUUCACCAAUAUCCUCGCCUCCAUACUAUAGCCAAGAAAACGAUUUCUCUGACGAAGAAAAUGAAAGAGAAAGAGAGAAAGAAAAGGAAAAGGAUAAAGAUAAAGAUGUUAACAAUAGCAAUGAAAAAGAAAAAGAUUCAUUACUUGCUCAAUUAUCAUCAGCAUCAAAUACUUUUCUUUUAAAAGAGCAGAAUUUAAAACAGCUUCAACAAAUUCAGCAACAAAGUCAACAACAAAAUUUAAAAAUACAGCAAGUUAUACAACAGCAAAAUCAAUCGACACCGCAAUUACCAGUAAAACCAAUUAAGCCGCCAAAGCAACCUAAACCACCCAAACAACCUAAAGUAGCUAAACCACCAAAAGAACCAAAACAACCAAAAUUAACAAAGAAACAACAAAAACAACAAGAGCAUCUUCAAUUUUUACAACAACAACAACAAAAGCAACAACAACUUUUACAACAACAACAACAACUUUUACAACAACAAAUGUUUUCUCAUUCAUCAAAUAGUCACUUGUAUUUAAACCAACAAAUAUUGCCUCCACCAAUUUCAUAUUUAAACAAUGGUAAUAGUUUACCAAAUCAUUUUAAUAAUAAUAAUAAUAACAAUAAUAACAACAACAAUAAUAAUAAUAUGAUCAAUAAUCCGAAUAAUCCUCCUCACAUCUAUGGAAAUAAUAGGGAAGCAUUUAAUUCUAUUCCUCCAUUCUCUGCGCCAUCACACUUACCACAUUCAUCAUCAUCAGAUAGAAUAUCAUCAUACCAUAAUCAACUUAAUAUUCCAUCAAUACUACAACAACCACAACAACCGCAACACCAACAACAUCAAACCCAAAAUAAUCAAUUAUCUCAAAUGAAUACUAAUAGUUAUCUUCCAACAAGUAUUCAUAAUACAAACAACAUUAACUUUAAUCAAAUUUUAAAUAAUUGUAAUAAUAAUAACAACAACAACAACACAAAUAUAAAUAAUCAUAAUAAUACAAAGUUUAUGAUGCCUCCUUUAUAUAAUAGCUUUUCUAGUGAAAACAGUGAUAGUUCAAACCCACCAUCACCUGCUUAUAAUAACAAUAAUAACAAUAAUAAUAAUAGUAACAAUAACAAUAAUAAUAACAAUAAUAACAAUAAUAUCACAUAUAACAAUUAUGACCAUAAUUUAAAAUAUUUUGAUAAUAAUAAAAGAUACUUAAAUUAUGAUCAUAAUAAUAUAAUUAAUAACAAUCAUAAUAAUUAUAAUGGUAAUAAUGGUUAUAUGAUGAAUAGCGGCAAUAAUAUUCAAGAUAGAGAUUCAAUUCAACCACUUAAUAAGUUACUUAAUGCCUUAUCAGAGUUGGGCGAAAGUAGUUUAUAA